AUGGAAUGGACUCAAGAGCUUGAGGAGGAAGGGGAGGAGGAGGAGAGAGCGUUGAGGGCGAGAGUGAGGGAGAGAGAGGAGGAGAGGAGGAGGAGGGUGGAGGAGGUGAGAAGGAAGAUGGAAGCGGCUAGUGAGGAGAGGAGGAGGAGGGAGGAGCGGGAGAAAGGUGGGGUUGUUUCUGGAGGGGAGGAGCGGACUGAGGAGCUAGAAGGGAGGGGCGGAUUGGGUGUUGUGGCUGGAAAAGGCAAGGAUAGGAAAGGAGGAGUGGAGGAGAAGAAAGGAGGAGCGGAGGAGAAGGGAGGAGUGGAGAAACCAGAGAGGUUUUCUGGGGUUUUGGUGAAGGAAGAGAGUGAGUCUGGUUUAGAGGGACGAGGCGUGCAAAAGGUGUUGGUGAAACGAGGUUCGAUGAAAGGGGAGGCGAGGGAAAGUGAGAGCUCGAGUGAGGGAGAGGAAGGGUGGAGUGAUAUGGAGGAGGGAGAGGAGGAGGAUGAUGAAGCGUCGUGGAGUGCUGAUGACGAUAAUGGAGAUGCUAUUAGCGAGGAUGCUGAUAAGGAGGAGGCAGGGAAGAAGGAGAAUGAGGAGGAAGGGAGGAAGGAGGAGGAAGGGAAGAAAGAGGAGGAAGGGAGGAAAGAGGAGGAGGGUAGGAAAGAGGAGGAGGGGAGGAAAGAGGAGGAGGGGAGGAAAGAGGAGGAGGGGAGGAAAGAGGAGGAGGGGAGGAAAGAGGAGGAGGGUAGGAAAGAGGAGGAGGGGAGGAAAGAGAAGGAAGUUGAGAAGGUAGUGGCGGAGAGAGAGGAUGGUGCAGAGGAGAUUGACAAGGUGGAAGAAGGGAGAGGGGGGAAGGGGGAAGCCAUGGAUAGGGAUGGCGAGGAUGGGAGGAAAGAGGAGGAAAUUGAGAAGGUAGAGGCGGAGAGAGAGGAUGACCCAGAGGAGAAUGACAAGGUGGAGGGGGGAAGAGGGAAGAAGGGGGUCGCUAAACGUGGUGCUGUUGAUGCUGAUGCUGAUUAUACUGAUGUUGAUGCUGAUGCUGAUGAGGAAUUGUGGAGUGAUGUUGAUGUUAAUAGUGAUAACGAUGAUGCUGGUGAUGAGGAUGGGAGCGGACCAAGGUAUGAGGGAGAGAAAGGGGGGUGGAAUGAGAAAGAGGAAGGGGAGAGAGAUCAGAAGGAGAGGUUUGUUGUUGAGGUGGCUCAGAAGUAUGAGGAACGGAGCGAGAUGGAGGAGAGGAGGGAAGAGGACGAGUGGAGUGGGGUUGAUGGGGAGGAUGAAGGGAAGGAUGCAGAGGAGGAGGCAGAGGAGGAGGCAAAGGAGGAGGAUUGGCCGAAAAAACACAAGGAAGAGUCUGUUGCUGAGGUGCCUCAACAGAACGACGACGGGCAGAGUGGGAAAAACGAGGGGAUUGGAGAGGGUGAGUGGAGUGGGGUUGUUGAGGAGGAGGCAAAGGAGGAGGAUCGGCAGGAAAAGCACAAGGAAGAGUCUGUUCCUGAGGUGCCUCAACAGAACGACGACGGGCAGAGUGGGAAAAACGAGGGGAUUGGAGAGGGUGAGUGGAGUGGGGUUGUUGAGGAGGAGGCAGAGGAGGAGGAUCGGCAGGAAAAGCACAAGGAAGAGUCUGUUCCUGAGGUGCCUCAACAGAACGACGGGCAGUGUAAGGAGAUUCGGAGGGAAGAGGAAGACCAAGAGGUGCCUCAAAAGAGCGAGGAGGAAAAAGGUGUGAAGAAGGAUGGGAGGGAAGAGGAUGAGUGGAGUGGGGCUGAUGAUGAUGGGGAGGAGGAUCGGGCAGAAGAGCAAAACGAAGAGCCUGUUCCCGAGGUGCCUCGAAAGAAGGAGGAGGGACAGAGUGAGAAGGAGGAGCGGAGGGAAGAGGAUGAAUGGAGUGGGGCUGAUGAGGAGGAUGCAGAGGAGGAGGAUCAGAUGGAAGAGCAAAGCCUAGAGCCUGCUUCUGAGGUGCCUCAAAAGGAAGAGGAGGGAAAGAGUGAGAAAAAGGAGCGGAGGGAAGAGGAAAAGCAAGAGGUGCCUCAAAAGAGCGAGGAGGGAAAGAGUGAGAAAAAGGAGCGGAGGGAGGAGGACGAGUGGAGUGGGGUUGAUGAGGAGGAUGAAGGUGAGGAGGAUCAGAUGGAAGAGCAAAGCCUAGGGCCUGCUUCUGAGGUGCUUCAGCAGAGCGAGGAGGGACGGAGUGAGAAGAAGGACGGGGGGGGAGGGGAUGAGUGGAGUGGGGUUGAUGAUGAAGGGGAGGAGGAUCGGGCAGAAGAGCAAAUCAAAAAGCCUGUUCCGGAGGUCCCUCAGCAGAGCGACGAGGGACCGAGUGAGAAAGAGGAGGGGAGGGAAGAGCAAAAGAAAGAGCCUGCUUCUGAGGUGCCUCAAAUGAACGAGGAGGGGCAGAGUGAGAAAAAGGAGCGGAGGGAAGAGGAUGAGUGGAGUGGGGUUGAUGAGGAGGAUGAAGGGGAGGAAAAGCAAAACAGAGGGUUUGUUUCUGACGCGCCUCAAAAGGACGAGGAGGGACGGAGUGAGAAGAAGGAUGGGAGGGAAGAGGAUGAGUGGAGUGGGGUUGAUGAGGAGGAUGAAGGGGAAGAUGGUUUUGAUUCUGGUGACAGCUUGGGGAGUGAAGAGGAGAGUGGGAGUGGGGAAGGAGGAGGAGAGAAUUGGGUGAGUGAUGUGGAUAGUGAGAGUGGGAGUGGGAGUGAGGGUGGGAGUGGGAGUGUGGGUAAGAGUGAGAGUGGGAGUGAGAGUGGGAGCGAGAGUGGGAGUGGGUGUGAGAGUGGAAGCGGGAACGAGAGUGGGAGUGAUGGGGAUGAGAGCACACUAGACAUGAGCAGUGUUGGUACCCUGGAGCUGGAGGGAGAGAGUGGUGAGGACGAGAGCAAGACACGAGAGAGUAAAGCGCAAGCGAGUGAGGUGGGAAGGAAUGAGGUGCGAGGCAAUGAGGAGGAGGAGAGCACACUAGACAUGAGCAGUGUCGGUACCAUGGAGCUGGAGGGAGAGAGCGGUGAGGAUGAGAGCAAAGCGCGAGCGAGUGAGGUGGGAGGGAGUGAGGUGGAAGUCAGUGAGAAGGAGGAGAGCACUCUAGACAUGAGCAGUGUCGGUACCAUGGAGCUGGAGGGGGAGAGUAACGAGGACAAGACUGAGGCACACAGGAGUGAGGAGCGAGGGAGUGAGGAGCGAGGGAGUGAGGAGCGAGGGAGUGAGGUGAGGAAGAGUGAGGAAGAGAAGAGUGAGAUUGGGGAGAAUGAGGGAGGGAAGAGUACGGAACGAUCAAAGCAAGAUGACAGAGAUGGGGAAUGGAGCAAGCAGGUAGAUGCAAGCGAUGAAACAAUCGGGAAUGAUGUUGAGACCACUCCCGGGAUUAGCACAGCCGACGAAAAGGCCGAUCAUGAAAAGAUUGAGGUUGGUCUUGAUACUCUCAAGGUUGGCUCAGCCGUUGAAGGAGUCACAAUGAUGGAAGGAGAGAUCAGAGAAGGUCAGAAUGAUGCUAGCGCUUCCGGAAAAGCCGCGCCAAAGCUGGCAGCUGACGUGGCAGAUCGGGUUGCUGUUGUUGUGGCCGAAGCAGAUUGUGUGGAUCAUAUUGCUGACGUGGAAAGCGCUGGCGUGGAAGGUGCUGAUGUGGAGGGUGCUGAUGUGGAGGGUGCUGAUGUGGAAGGUGCUGAUGUGGAAGGCACACCUGCGAGAUUGGUCAGCUGA